CUAGAAUCUUCUCAUUUUGUGCCCUUUCAUAUCACGAUAGUUUGAGAGAUGCUACGAUUCAGUUCAUUAUGUCCCAAUCCGUACCUCUCCAGAAAGCCGCUGUGUAUAUUAUACAUGUCACUGCCGCUGGAUUGCUGAAACAGUCCUGGACAAGACCGAAGUAAGUGCUUUAGGGCCUUUUGCGACCCAGCUGAGCCUGUCUCAGAGGCCCCGGCAUUGUUCCCUUCAGCAGCGUGCCGUUUCUUGCUAGGAUACUUGUCCUCUAUUUCACCGCACCUUUUGUGGGAUGUUUACCCAUUGUUCUUGGAUGAGUCAUGCCUGUAAUGUUGUCAUACACCCGUACAUACCUGCAUGGGAAUGUGGCGGCUGCGUGGGUAUCUUUACAGGCGAGUCUGGCCAACCCAUGGGGAAUUCUCUUCCACAAACUUCCCACAGUAGCCAGGUUGAUAAUGAACUUGAGCUUGAUAAAUAGGGAGUCAUCUCUUCCACAGGGUUUCGAGUUUUUCGUUUCUUUGUCUAUGGUCGGAGCUUCUCUCCGGGGUCAAUUCGUGUUUGUCCUCACAAUGACAUCUGUACCUAUCGGCCAGGCUGAGGACGGACACUGCCCAGCCUGGCCACAGGAUGAAGUUACGGAUUUAUCAGCCUACCUUGGAACCGAUUUAUUCUUUCUUCCACUCGAGGGCUAUUGCGACCCAAUUGUGAUAGGGGAUACACAAGGAGAACUUCUGGCUCCUCCGUCUAUGAUAAUGACCGAUACUGUGAUGGGCGACAGCAGAGAACCUUCUUGGCCGGAACAAUAUCCUAAUCUUGUCGCACCGAAGAACCUACUCUCGAUGGAAGGCUCCGCUGAAAGCCAGCCACUUUCUGUUAAUCUCAUGGAAACUCCGACUUUGUCCACAGUGGGACUGGACUCACAGGUUGUUGGAGGACGGGACGAUUCAGCGACAUGCGCUUUGAGAUUUCAGGAAGCGCCGAUGCCUUCUUACGAUCAGAAUGUUUCCAUAGUUGAUGGGCUGUAUUAUUGCCAACAUCGUGCAUGCGUGACCAAGACUGGCUUUUCAACGAAGCGUGAUCUGCAAAAGCAUAUGCGCAUUCAUUUUAAGCCAGUUAAAUGUCCCAUAUGUACGGUUACCACGGCUCAGCAGAUUCAUAUGCGUCGACAUUUCGAAGUGCAUCACGGUGGCUGGGCUCGGCAGUUGUGGCGAGUGGGCGCUGUGUGUAAGUUGUGCGGUAAAUCAUUCACACGGACAGACAAUCUUCGCAGGCACUACCGAACUCAGCAUGAAGAUAUCAGUAGUCUCUCUGUGUCCGAUUGAGCAGUUUCUCAUGUCGGGCCUUAAUUUUAUCGAGUUCAGUGACGGAGUUUUGAAUAGUACCUUCAACCCUUCAGAAUCGUAACGUCCGCAAGAAGUAGAAGUACACCCGCCUCCUGCUUGUAACCAAGACUCCAACGAAAAUCUGCG